AGUAGAAUAUUUAAUUUCGCCAGAUUUAAAGCGAAAUUAGACAGUAUAACACACAAAAAUUCUUAUUCGAUACUAGAGAUAUUAUAUGGUGUUUGUUUGUUUGGUUUAUAUGUUCGAAAGGAGUAAUUCAAUAAAAAAUGGGCAACGCUCAAGGUGGAGAAAAACAGCCUAAAACAGGAAAGUCUCCAGCAAAGGGCAGACAUUUCAUGAGAAGUUUAAAUAAAAGGGCCUCGGGGAGAGAGAAAAAGGGCCGUAAAAAGAGCACUGCGAAACAAGCGGCAAUAGAUAGGGAGUUUGAUAAGACUUCGGAAUCAGAUAACAAUGAAACGGUUGAGGCAUCUGAUAACGAUACGGUCGAGUGCGUGUUUAAAACAUCACGAGUGGAAGGGGGCGCGGAGUCGAGUGUUCAGUCAGAGGUAACGGUGACCAGGUGCGAGCCGAGCCCGCGGUCACCGACCCGCGACCAGUCUCCCGCCGCCGCCGCGCAAACCUCCUCACCCGCGGACCCAUCCACGUCCGAUUCAGUGUUUACAGACCCUCUGAGCCCUCUUACGCCGCUUGCCGUCGAACUUAACCAAUGCUACUACUCCGCAGAGAGUGACAGCGCGCAAGACGAUCACCAACGCACUCUCACCCCUCUUGACAUUAAUGCGCUCACACAUUUCGACUAUUCCGACAGAACAACACCGGAAAUGCCGCACGAGGAAAAUUCCUCACGUGACGUAAAAAAAGAAAACAGUGACAUAUGCGAUGACAAAAGUGUCAGGGAUGAAAGUGUUAAGGUUAUGGGUGCAUUUUCAUCGAAAUUAAAGGAUGAGCCGGUUGAUCGAAGAACGCAUGAGUGCAGCCAUGACUUCCUUGAUAACCGGCUGAAGACUUCUCCAGGACAAACGUCCUUUACAUUGUCCAGACAUCGGAAAGUUGAACUGCCUCCUGUGGGUGCAGAUUCAUCACUAUCGGUACUAGAGAGCGAGCCAGAUCGAAGACAUUCGAGUGUAAGCGAUGUCCCUUUGCCGGAGUCGAACGUGUUGAGAAAAGUGGCAUCUUUGACAUUGGAAAAGCAUUCAGAAAUCAAAGUUGUUCGUCCCAAGUAUGUUCCCGAGAAACUAGAUUUCCAACUGUAUGAAAAGUUCGAAGGACAGAUGCUUCUAAAUUGGUUUAUGUCAUCGGCCGAAGCAAACAUAACAAAAAACAUAUCAAACAGCCAAGAUCUCCGAACUCUUGGUAUACAGUAUUGCACUCAUUUGUUAGCAGCUGGUGUGUUAUGUCAAAUAUCGGAUAAAGAUGCACCCGCAGAAAAAAUAUUCAAGCCUAAUUUAAUGUACUACUGGGCACAUAUGGAGCCACCAGUCUCACAACCACAUACACCAGGACGUCUGCACACAAUAUCAUGGCCACCUCAAAUGGAGUCAUUUUCUGAAAAAAAUAAUUUAAGUACUCAGCCUCUCCCACAAAAUAAUUUUGAAGAUAUAAGGGAUAUUUCUGAAGCUAGACAAGUUAUUGCGGAUUUAAUAAGAAAACUGCAGGAAUUAGAAUAUAAAUUAGAACAUUCUAAGGAACACUCCAUAGGCAUAUUAAAUUUGAAAAAUGUGUAUUCAAAUAACUUCUUUAAAGAUAGACAGAAAAUAGAGAUGAUUAGUCGAGAAAUUCAAACAAUUAACAUAAACAAUGAUGAUGGUAGGUUGGCUGGAAAAACUGUGAUAUCACCAUCUAAACCUGAAUCUUUAAUAAGAACAAGUGUAAAUAAUGAUUGUAGUAUAGCAGUAAGUAAAUUGGAUCAAGAUAAAUGUUAUGAUGUUUUAGGAGACCCUGAACAAAGAUCUGUUAAAAUAGAAAAUUAUUGUAAGUUAAAUAAGAGCCGAGAAUGCAAUUUAAUACUUAAAAAUGACGAUUAUUCAGAAAAGCGAAGUAGUAGUGAUAUAGUAAAUAAAUUAGAAAAGCAGCAGAUUAAUAAAACACAAAAAAUAAAUCGACUAUCAAGUAAUAAUUUAAAUUUAAAUGUGUCACAUGACAGUUCUUCAGAUGCUUCAUAUGUCAGUACUACUGGUGAUGUUACUCUAAAUCAAACUAUUUUAAGUGAAGAGAAGAGGCUGUUCAGAUCUCUUAGUCCUCCCCCAAUGCAAGUUUUAUAUGCAAAACAAGAUUUGCAUCAAGAUAUUGCAUCAGAAUUAUCAUCAUUAGAUUUUACACAAUCAGAACAGAGCUGGAAAUCAAUUGAAGCAGAAAAAAGUGACAUGUCUCUUUCAGGAAACAUGACAGAGUUACAAAAGUCUCAAACAAAUAAUUCAUCUGCUUUAGAUAUAAAACAUAUUCCAAAAUCCUUAUCAGAAAGUGAUAAGAGGUCAGAAAAAGCUACAUCAGUUUUAUCAACAUCAUCUAUAACUACAGACGCCUCACAACCUUUAGCAGAAAAUAUGUUGGAGCAACAACCUCCACCUCUCCCAGGAAUGUCACCUUCACCACCACCUACUCCAGGGACAAAAUCCACUACUACAUCCAUUUCUGUCAAUGAAUCUGGUCCUCCUGUUCCUCCUUUACCUGAUAUAUCUACAUUAAAUGCCCUAACACCCCCAUCACCUCCACCACCCCCAACAUCCUAUGUCCUGUCUCUAUCACAAGUUAAUGAUAAAACUGUAACUCCAUCCCGUACACCUAUGGAGGCUCCUGCAUUAUCCAGGGCCGAUUUAGAUGUACGAGAAGCCUCACAAAAACGUAUUAAUUCCCCACCACCCCUUCAUAUUUCAAUACCAUCUAUGGCUUCGCCAACCAAAAAGAUGUUAGAAUUGGCUCCUUUACCUCCACAAAAUCGUGAUCAGCCGCCUAUGCCCGGUAUGGGGCCAAUGCCCUGUAUGGGUCCCCCGCCACCGCCACCGCCAGGUAUGGGUCCCCCGCCGCCGCCAAUGCCCGGUAUGGGUCCCUCGCCACCGCCAAUUCCCGGUAUGGGUCCCCCACCGCCGCCAAUGCCCGGUAUGGGUCCCCCACCCCCGCCAAUGCCCGGUUUGGGGCCCCCGCCUCCGCCAAUGUCCGGUAUGGGUCCCCCGCCACCGCCAAUGCCCGGUAUGGGGCCCCCGCCACCGCCAAUGCCCGGUAUGGGUCCCCCACCGCCGCCAAUGCCCGGUAUGGGUCCACCUCCCCCGCCAAUGCCCGGUAUGGGUCCCCCGCCACCGCCAAUGCCCGGAAUGGGUCCACCUCCCCCGCCAAUGCCCGGUAUGGGUCCACCUCCCCCGCCAAUGCCCGGUAUGGGUCCCCCGCCACCGCCAAUGCCCGGAAUGGGUCCACCUCCCCCGCCAAUGCCCGGUAUGGGUCCACCUCCCCCACCAUUACCAGGAAUUGGUCUGUCAGUAACACCUCAUGUCGGACCUCCACCCCCUCCUAUACCAGGUUUUGGUCCUCCGUCUCCUCUCAUGACUGAAAUGGGCCCUCCUCCGCCCCCAGGCGUUCCACCGCCACCUACGGGACCUGCCCCCUUUCCGACACCCCCCGUUGGUGGUUGGAGUAUGCAAAGAUCCACUCUGAGAAAACCUCCCAUCAAGCCAGCAGCACCCAUGAAGCCUCUAUAUUGGACACGAAUUUUGGCAAAUAACGCACAAAAUGGUCAAGGCGAAAUUGAUUCUGGAUUCAAGCCAUUAUGGCUGGAAAUUGACGAAACAAAAUUGGACAACAUCGAUGAAUUCAUGGAUCUCUUUUCUAGACAAGUCGUCAAAGCCCCAGUAAAGAAGAAAGUAGAAGUCAAAACAAAAAUACAGCCAGUAAAAAUAUUAGACAGUAGGCGGUCACAAAAUGUUGGUAUAUUCGUACAAAGUUCACACUUAGAGUUUUCCGAGAUUGAAAACGCCAUAUACAAUUUUGAUACGUCGGUUGUGAGUUUAGAAGUUUUGCAACAGAUGUAUGAGUUGCGUGCAACGAGUGAAGAGUUAGAAAUGAUAAAAGAACAUUUGAAAAACAAACCUGAAAUACCGUUGGAUAAGCCCGAAGCGUUUUUACAUGACCUCUCGGGAAUACCAAACUUUGCAGAACGGAUAUCAUGUUUUAUGUUCCAAGCGGAGUUCGAGGAUGCUGUUAACACAACUAUGCAUAAAUUAGAUAAUUUGAAACAUACAUGUGAGUUCCUAAUAAAUAAUGAAUCUCUAAAGCAGCUAUUUGCCAUAAUUUUAACUCUUGGGAAUUAUAUGAAUGGAGGAAAUGGUCAGAGAGGGCAGGCUGAUGGUUUUGGCCUAGAAAUCUUAGCUAAAUUAAAGGAUGUGAAGUCAAAGCAAUCAACAGUAACGCUGCUGCACUUUAUAGUGAAGACGUACAUGCGUCAACGCGGGGGCGCACUGUCUACAGAAUGCACGCUGCCUGUGCCCGAGCCGGGUGACGUACAGCGAGCGGCUGCUAUCGACUUUGCAGAUGUUGCUGCUAGCCUUAUUUCACUGCGGAAGCAACUUGAAGGUUGUAAAGAAAAAAUGAGAAAGGUCAUAGAUGCCUAUGAGAGGAAUCCAGCUGAUAAGGCAAAUGAGAACAAACGAAUAGAAGUUUUCAAAGAUAAAAUGACCACAUUUAUUGAUGCAGCCGAGGAAAAAUUAAAGACUGAAGAUGAGAACUUGUCUGAGUGUAAAAAUAAGUUUAUAUCCACUGUGAAAUUUUACCAGUACAAGCCUAGGUGCGGCAGUGUUGAUGAUUGUGAACCUAAAGAGUUUUUUUCAUUAUGGACUUCAUUUUGCAGUGACUUUAAAGACAUUUUCAAAAAAGAGGAGCAGCUGGCAAUUAAGGAAAAGUUAAAAGAAACAAAAAAAAUGCAUGAAGUAAGAAAGGCUCAAACUGUGACACAACCGAAAAAAGAAGGUGGCCUAAAGGCACGGCUUCAAAAGAUGUCCAGUGUCAGAAAAUGACUAAAUUAUUAUACUCUACUAGUGAAACUAUACUGUACCAGUAGCUUUUCUAUUUAAUCAAGAAAGGGUGCUAACUAACUCAAUUUUUAUUUAGAAGCAUUAAUUUAUUAAGUUAAACUAAAUUACUCAGUGACUAAUUAUUUUUAAGUGGUUCUUUACAAUGAAUUAAUUGUAUAGGUAUGAGUGUUCUUUGCAUGUUCAAAAAAAUUUUGUAACCAUUUAUAAUAAACAAUGGUAGAGUCAAAUGUAUGUGAAUUGUUCAUUUUUUAUAUUGAUAUUGUAAUAGGUGGUGUGAUGUGAAAUACCAGCAUUUAUAAGCAAAGGCAUAGAUCAAUAUAUGUAUAUUAGAUAAAUUGUAUAUUAAUUAUUUAUUAAAGUUAAAAUUAUGAUCUGAUAUUUAAAAUUAAAUACGCCGUAUUUAAAGUUUAAAAUUAUUUAUUGGAUUUGAAUUAAUUAAAUUAUUAACGAAAAUAUAUGGAACCUAAUUUUCUUCUCACUUAAGUUGUGGCUGUCAAGACAUAAUAUUAUACAUUGAUAUUAAACUGGAUUUAUUUAGAUUAAAUAAAAGACAACAUGAUAAUAAUUAGUUUAUAAAUAUAGCCUAUGUAUUCUUGAAAAAUGUACCUGAUAAUAUCUUAUUAUCUUUAAAGCAUGUUUUAUUUAUUAAUGGUGCUUGAUAAAACUGACAAUUGCAAGGGAGGGUUGGUGAAUAAAAUGUUUCAAAUGUUAAAAA